CCAUGGCUCGUCUGGAUAAAGUCAUCAUCGACCUCGUCGACACUUACAUGCAUCAUGCCAGUCAACAAGGCGACAAAAGAAAAAUGACCAUGACGGAGCUCAAGAACAUACUGGAAAAUGAGAUAUCAAACCCGGAUUUAAAAGAAGUGAUCACUCCUGGCAGCAUCGAGCAGGCGACGAAGGUGCUGGACAAAGACGGCGAUGGCGAGAUCAACUUCAGAGAGUUCUGUCGCUGCGUGUCUUUGGUAGCCAAAGACUACUACCAAAGCAAGAAAGGCAAGGGUGGCAAGAAGAAGGGCAAAGAUUAGAACCCAGCCCUUUUAGAGUCUAGUCUGGUUAACUGUUUGUGUUGAUCACUCAUGUUGACUACACACACCUGUGACAAAUGUGCGUCUCUUUACCCACAAGGCCAUCUUGUUAUCAGUCUAUUGUCGAAUCAAAUAAAAGUGGAGCUCGUAUGACAUCCAA